AAACAUGUACAAAUACAAACAGAAGCAUCCCUCUUUUGAAAAGAGAAAGCAUGAAUGUGAUAAGAUUAGGGAGAAGUUUCCUGACAGAAUCCCAGUCAUCUGCGAGAGGAGCACUACCUCCAAACUUCCAGAACUAGAUAAAGAGAAAUUCUUGGUGCCUAACGACUUGUGUGCUUACCAAUUCAACUUCAUUAUCAGGAAGAGGAUCAGCCUUCCAGAGAACGACUCCCUAUACUUCUUUGUGAACGGGAAAUAUUUGCUAAAAGCAGAUACUGAAAUUGCCCAAGUUUAUGAGGAGAGAAAAGACAGCGAUGGCUUCCUGUACAUCACCUAUACAGAGGAAACAACAUUGGGAUAAAUAAUUGGUCUAUUUUCUGAACAUAU